AUAAGGAAAGACAAGGAAGGCAUUUGUGGUUAGCAUGAAUAAUAAUUUGGUUCCAGCAAUGGAGAACGCGGCAAUUCUCAGAGAUUGGUUCGACAGGGUCGAUUCCGACAAGACUGGUAGCAUCACUGCACCUCAGCUCAAGGGAGCUUUCGCUGUCGGAAACUUAGACUUCCCUAUUUCAGUUGUGCAACAGAUGAUCAGGAUGUACGAUUUUGACAGGAAUGGUACCAUGAGUUUCGGAGAGUUUAAUGCCCUUAACAAGUUUCUUAUUAAGGUUCAACACUGCUUCUCUGAAUUAGAGAGGGGCCGUGGAUAUCUUGUUCCUGAUGAUGUAUAUGAGGCAUUACUGAAAAUUGGGAUUUCCCUGGACUCUCCUGCGUUUUACACUGUUUGUGAGAGUUUUGACCAAAAGAAGAAUGGAAGAUUUAGGCUUGAUGACUUCAUAUCCCUUUGCAUAUUUGUACAAUCUGCAAGGAACAUGUUCAAUUCAUUUGAUACAAGCAAGCAAGGAAGGAUAUCACUUGAUUUGAACCAAUUUAUCUACUGCACUGCUAAUUGCAGAAUAUGAGAGGUGAGAUGGCCAAGUUUCUUUAUUAUAUGGAUGAGGCUGAAGAAGAAGAAGAUGAAGUUGGGAUUUGUAUAUAAUUUGUAUAAGGAAUGAAUUGAUUGUCAAAUCCUUUGCAAUUAUUUCAGUACUGUUUUAAUCUUUAUUUAUUACACAAACCUAAAUUUGAUAUUGUGGUGUAAUAACAUUUAUUUUUAUUUAGGGCUUUGUUUGA